AUGACAUCCAGAAUAAUCCCUCCCACACCUACGGAAACAGCAGAAGAGCGCGAUGAACGGCUGAAGUGGUGGAGAGAGGCCCGUUUUGGGAUGUUCGUUCACUACGGCCUGUACUCGAACAUGGAGGGUAUCUACCAGGGAAAGAGAGUGGCAUUUGACGGGGCUGAAUGGUAUCAAGAGAGGACUGGGUUGUCUUCUCCUGCGUACGAGAAACUGACUACAGAUGGGUUUAGCGUUCUGGAAGAUGCCGCAGAGCAAUGGGCCAAACUUGCGAAAGACGCCGGCUGUGAGUAUGUCGUCUUGACGACUAAACAUCACGAUGGGUUCUGUCUUUUUAAUUCCGAUUCCACGGAUUUCUCAACAAAAAAUCUGAUAAAUCGUGAUAUUGUUGAUGAGUUUGUCCAGGCUUGUCGAAAGUACGGUUUGAAAAUUGGAUUCUACCAUUCUGUGUUGGAUUGGCAUCAUCCGCAAUACGACUAUACCAAGUCCACUCUUUUACCAUACCCUACGGACGAGCGAGCUAGGGUAGAUGGGAUCAAGCGGGACCACAGUAAGUACCAGGAGUACCUGCAUCAUCAGGUCGUUGACGAGCUUCUCACCAGAUAUGGCAAGAUCGACAUUAUCUGGUUUGACUACUCUGCAAUGGAUUUCGACGGGGAUGAAGCUUGGAAAUCUGUAUCACUGACGCAGAAUGUGAAGAAAAAGCAGCCUCAUAUCAUUUUCAACAACCGUCUUUACAGAAGACCAGAGGGGGGGUUUUCUGGACAGGAAGUUGACGAUUUUACCGAUCAGAUGGAUCCUAGGUAUGGUGAUUUUGUGACUCCUGAGCAACACAUCCCACCGCAAGGAUUGGGCAACGUGGACUGGGAGGCUUGUGUCACCAUGAAUUACAAUUGGGGUUACUCGAAACUCGAUACCGACUGGAAAUCGUCAGAUGAGCUCAUUCAGAGUCUCUGUGAUAUCGUUUCAAAAGGAGGCAACUACCUCCUUAAUAUUGGACCCAAGAAGCAUGGCGAAAUCCCGGUCGAGUCUGUGGAAAGGAUGACAGAAAUUGGCGACUGGAUAAAAACGAACAACGAGGCCAUCAAGGGCACCAAGGCUGGCCCGUUCAAGACGCUGCAAGAAUGGGGGAGAAUCUCUACAAAGCCAGGUAUUUGGUAUUUGAUGAUCUUCGACAAAUCUGCCCUAAUUGAGCUGGAUCUGUCUACGCCAGUCAAGGACGUAUCUCUGCUUGGAAACAAAGAGGCUGUCGAGUGGAUUGGAUCCGAUGAAAAGUUGACAAUCGAUGCCGGGAAACUGUCAGAGUCUUUGAAGUUUCCCGUGCUGAAGGUUGUGUUUUAG